CGCUCAGGGAUUUUAUUUUUAUUGCAUGGAUGGAAAAAGAGGCUAUGAGCGUGACUUUGAAUUUCCCCGCCAAGGGAUGGCCUUGAACAAAGUGAGCGCACCCUGCCGAUCCUCCUAACCCAUGAGACGCUGAAAUAUGAGUCAGCCCGACCACCGUUCAUCACCGGCCGACGAAUCCAACGCCAUGCUGCCGUCCACUUCGGAUAAACGUACAGCUGACUCUCUCCGCGACACACUUCUUCAUGAUCAAACGAUCGUUUCUGACGGUUUGCCCGAUGAAGAUGACGAUCGAUCUACCAAACGAGUCCGAUUGGAAAAGACAACAGUAAAAGGUAGAUCGGUACAUGCUUCAAAGUACGUGAAAUGAUGUCUAAUAACUGGUAUGGUGGUUUAUUUUUCUACGGCAGGUAUGGACGAAGACACAUUGUACAACGUGGCCAUAACGAGCGAAACGACGGUGACGCACGAGGGCAGCAGCGACAGUAGCAACGAACAAGAGACCAAAGUGACCCAACAAACUGUCACGAGCACUAUUUACGAUCACGAUUUUGAUCAAGAUUACAAUGAAGAAUCCGACCAAGAUUGGGCCGGAGGCAGUGAAAGUGACAGCGAUGCAAGCUUAUGCGGCCAGGAAUUACUGGAUCACGCUACGUUUGGUGCUGACAAUGACAGUUUGGAAGACGUCAAUGUGGACGAGUACGAUGACGAGAGUGUUUAUAAACCAUCAUGGACAAGCUACACAGAUGAGGAAGCAGAGCUGUUGCAGGAGGAAGCAAGGCAAAUCGGUAUGAUCAAGUUUAUUGAAAAAUACGUCAUUCAAGAAUCCGUGCCCGUGGCGAAAUUGCUCGAAGCGUUCAAUAUUAUUAUGAAUCCUAGAGCUACCAUGUUGGCGACCGAUCGCGAUCUAUUUCCUAUACUUCGUGCCGUUAUUAGCCGUCACUUACGUAAGCGACGUCGGCUGGACAAUGUCAAUACGUUGGACGACGUGAUUGGAUUGCUUCGAGAAGCCAAGAAUGUGAUGAUUGUCUCGGGUGCCGGUGUGUCGGUGUCGUGUGGCAUCCCUGACUUCCGUUCCGAGACGGGCAUUUAUUCAAGAUUGCAAGAAUAUCAUCUCGACGAUCCGCAGCAAAUGUUCGACAUUGAAUACUUUCGAGACAGUCCCGAGAUUUUUUAUUCGUUUGCCAAGGAACUGUAUCCCAGCAACUACGAACCCAGUCCCAGCCACAUGUUUGUUAAAUUAGUAGAAGACAAGGGCAAAUUGCUCCGCAACUAUACGCAGAACAUCGACACCCUAGAACACAAGGCCGAGAUACAACACGUCGUCAAUUGUCACGGCAGCUUUGCCACCGCCAGUUGCGUCACGUGUGGUUUCAAAUGCGAUGGAAAGGAUAUUGAAGAAUACAUUUUCAACCAGACGAUUCCUCCUUGUCCACAGUGCGCGGCGACCCGAAUUCCCUCAAAGACGUCAUCCUCAAGUGAUGAGGAUGACAACGAUACGCAUCCUCACCGAGGCCGAUCGAUCAUGAAGCCGGAUAUUACCUUUUUUGGUGAAAAAUUACCGGAUGAAUUCGAUCAUUUACUUGCUGUGGAUACGGACAAGGUUGAUCUACUCAUUGUGAUGGGGUCGUCGUUAAAGGUGUCGCCUGUGUCAGAGAUCAUGUCGCAGAUUCCGCACAGUGUGCCGCAAAUUUUGAUUAACCGAACACCUAUUACGCACAUGACGUUUGAUGUUCAGCUGUUGGGCAACGCGGAUGAUAUCGUACCGGAAUUAUGCAGGAUGCUCCACUGGGAUUUACGGCAUAAGAAACUGCCAGGCGGUAGUGCAUUGAGUGACGAAAGUUGGAAGCUCAGUCGAGAAGGGACGGGCGAUGAAGUGACAAUCAUUGAUCCCACCACCCAUGAAACAUUGACGGAACGAAAAAUAUGGAAAUACUGGAGAGAUGGUCUCUACACGUUUCCAGGCGCCGUGACGGACGAACAGUAUUUUAAUCAUUUCAGAUGUGAUGAACGGGGAACGAGAGGUUCGGACGACGAAGACGAGGAUGAAGACCGAGAUGAAGGCGGCUCAGUGGAAGGACGUUCUACGCCAGAGAAACUUGCCGAAGCACCCACACUGACUGUCCCUGCAGAUCACACCCCCAAUGAAACAUUAUCUGAACAAACAUCCAACAACUCCACCGUACCCUAACAAAAAACUGCCGUAUUAUUGAUCGGACUUCUGUAAUUCGCGCUUUGAUAGUAAAUAAUAACAUACUAAUAAAAAAAAGACGCCGACAUUCAGCAAGGAAUCGUUGGGUGUUUUAUUUUUGCAUUUGGUGGGUGGGGGGGAGUGAGUCAAUUUUCGGUUGAAUGUCCAAUGAGAUGACGGGAUUUUUUUCCAAGCGCUGAGAUGGGAAAUUCAAGCGUGCAUGGUUCAGCUGAC